AUGCACAGACAUUCAAGCUUGCCCCAAUUAUUUUAUUCUAAGCCAAGUCUUGAGGAAGGACUUAAAGAUAAAAUCAAGAUAAAGCCAUCUAAAUGCAGCCAAAACACAAGGCUGAUAACUCAUAAACAGAGAACUCCGUUUGCACUAAGCCUGGGAACGAAUGAGCUUCAGGAUUUUCGAUUUGCUCCAUCGAAUUCAAAGCGAUUGCCCCCACUUUUACCUUUGCAGCAUAAGUUUAAAAGAAGAAAUUCUGAGCAAACCACCCCAACUUUUGGGAUUUUAAAGGAAAUUGCGAUUCCACUGGGUGUGAGGUUACAUCGAAGGAAUGAAAGUGCUAUCAAUUUAAGAAGACUGUUAAAGAACAGCAACUUAUAA